CUCGUCCUACACAGUUCAUAAGUAAAGUCAUUUUGAAUUCCAUAGUUAAUUAGAAGUGACAAAUCGAUCAUCAAGUGUACUAUUGCUUACAAUAUAUUUUCUGGUUUUGGUGAGAAAACCUGGAGAGUGAGAUAAACGUCAGCUUCAAAUUAAAAUGGAGCAAUUCUCAAAACGACAAGGUAAUAUAUUUGAUUAAAUAGGAAACUAUUGACAAAAAGGGGCUCUUUAUACUUACUAAAAUAAUUAUAUAUGUCUUCCAGAGCCUCUGAUGGCCUUGAAUAUUCAAUUUUUGCACUAUCCCUUCACAAUCUUUUUUGAAAAGAAUAUUGUAUCUUAAUUUUAUUGAACAAACUGUGAAUUCUCAACUGGCAAAAGUAUCUGAAUGGCUAAUAGCUAAUAAGCUGUCGGUAAACGUAUCUAAAUCCAGCUUUUUUCUGAUCAGCCGAAGAAAAGUACCUGAAACUAUCAACUGAAAUAUAAAUAAUGACCAACUUAAAUAGGAAAAUUAUCCAAAUUAUCAUUCUUGGAAUUAUGAUAGAUAAAAGCUGGAGCCCCCCCCCAAUAAUUGUCAAACUGUAGUAUGUUUCCUUUAUAACAGUGUACUGAAUGUUAAGGAAAACAAUGGGCAGCCCCCCCCCCCAAUAUGAAUUUCGUUCCGACGGCACUGCACUACAUGAGCUCCAGAUUUUUUUACCAUUCAAAAGGUAUGCUAAGAUGGAAAGAGGGAUAUAAAUUGACAACCAGUGCUGCUUGUUACCUAGCUAUAGAAGUAACUGACAACGUGGUAUUUUUCAAGACCACGGCGAAGUUGUUGUUUUUAUCUGCUUCAGGUAGUAACUAUAUUUUUUGCCUGUCCCGACAUAGAAAUUUCACAAAACUAUUGCGAAAGUCCGUUAUUAUCAUAUAAAAAUGAAAGUUGCGAAUUAUAUACAGAGUUAGAUUGACAAAAUGUAUUGCAGAGGUUUGUGACAGCAGCUAAAGAAUUUCAGGCAAUAACUUUUUAGUGACAGCGGCAAAAAUUUGUAGUCCACAAAUGUUUUGAGUUUGACAUUAAUUGUUUUUGCAAAUAACAUAAGGCCACGUGCAAUAAAACAUCAAUUUUUCAUAUACAAAAUUUGCUAAAGAAACGUGUACUGAACAUGAAAAGAGUCAAGAAACUUCCAAAAUUUUCUAUAAAUCUGGUUGGAUAGGAUGAUUGCAACAAAAGGUUUAAAGCCAACAACAUAAAUUCUUCAAAGGCCCCAUUAGCUAUUGCGUAAGAUCACGUUCUUUCUCCCAUUGCAAAUAUCACAAUACAAAAAACGGAAAUGAAUGCAAUUUUUUCUGCCAAGACUCUCCCGUAAGGUAGGAGAGAAAAGAUUCUACCGAUAAUUUACCUUGACACUUUGAAACUUGCUCCAUAUUGUUUUCUCGUUCAUAAAAAUUUCACUCUGAGCUGCCCAUUAUCUUGCAGUGAAUUUUAUUACGCAGGGCACGCACGUAAUUGUAUUUCAAUAUACCAGAAUAAUCUGUUGUAUGCUAUUCGGUGGAAUAAAACAAUCGAAGACAAUCAUUACAUCCUGUUUGUUUGUUUGAGUCGUGCAAGGAUGCUCGUCCUACACAGUUCAUAAGUAAAGUCAUUUUGAAUUUCAUAGUUAGAUAGAAGCGACAAAUCGAUCAUCAAGUGUACUAUUGCUUACAAUAUAUUUUCUGGUUUUGGUGAGAAAGCCUGGAGAGUGAGAUAAACUUCAACUUCAAAUUAAAAUGGAGCAAUUCUCAAAACGACAAGGGAUAAUUAUCAUUGUCCUCAGUAUUUUUGAAUGCAUAGCUGGUGGGAUAAUUUUGUUGCUGGCUCUGCUGGGAACAGCUGCGAUUGGUCCUACAGGAGGAGCAAUUUUUGCCAUUGCAGUUGGCGUGGCGUUUCUCGUCUGCGGAAUUCUAGGAAUAGCGGCUGGUGUUAGCAAGGCAAAAACUCCAAUCUUGUGCUAUGCUGUUUUAUGCAUAUGUGCAUUUUUACCGUUUUUUGUGUUCACUGGGCUGAGUAUAGCCGGGGAUAAAGCAAUGAUUGACUCAGUCAACGCAGGCAACUGUUUUAGAAGCGGGUACGGACAAUGCACAUGUUAUAUCAAGGGCGAUUCAAUUUCUGGAAAUGCCACUUUCAUUGGACUGUCACAGUCAUUUCCAAACCCAUGCAAUGAAGUAGCAGAUAAAUUGACGAGGGUGCUGGUUGGCCUGGCUAUUUUCUUCUGUUUUUCUGCCCUUCUGCUCUUGGGCUCAGGGAUUUACGGGAGCUACUUGGCAUGCUGUCUCAAGGAUGACUAUUUAGAGACGAGUAACAUAGGAAGCCAAGAGUUGCCUAUCGUUUCUUUGGAGUCGCCUGCCCCGACACGGGAGACAUGAUCUGCCUGAUUCAGUACCGCAGACGCGCGCUCUGUGACAAUAAAAUCUACUGGCAACACAGCUAGACGAAGAAUCAAGUGAAAUUGAUCAUUGGCUUUUGAUGGGAACAACUAUGCCAUAUUCAAAACAUUAAACAUUAAAGGAUUGUGUUUUAUAUUUUUGCCAGAAGUCAUAUAUUGACUAUUUCCUUAAAAGUUGAAGGGAUGAAGCUAUUAGUGGACUUUAAGUUGCACCUGUCAUGGACCCAGAUAAGUACUACUCCGUUGUCGUAAGCAACUGUUUGCCCUACUUCAAGCUCAUUUUUGGGGUAGAUAUGACGUGCGUAAACAAGGGAUAAUUUCUACAUCUUUUUAUUUUUCUAAGGACUUUUCCACUCAUCUGCAACAUUGUCCUAUAUUUCGUCAACAUUAAUCCGUGUAAAUUGUAAUGUCACGAUCGAUGUGACUUUUUUCACAAAGCACAGCAGUUGUCGAAUGUAGCAACAAUUCAAUUGAUCCUGACAUUUGUGUAAAAGCGCAACAAAACUAAAUUGAGUGUAAAGAUUUUUGUAAUCUGUUGUAUUGUAUUUUAUUAGGAUGACUUGUAUAUUGUGUAUUAAUAUUCAUAAUCUUAAUCGUAUUUAUUGCUUUAUAACCAAAAGAAACAGAGUGUUUUUCUAAAGUUCUUUUUCCGCAAAAGUUAUUGAUAAAAACGAGAUUAUUUCUAGCUAUUAGCUCGGGUUCAAGGCUCGCACGACUGGUUCCAUUUUGAUUAUAGAAUAUCAGUAUACCAAAUUUUCCCGAUAAGUAUUCCUUGAAUCUUAAUUUGUUUCAAAUGAAAAUAGCCGUCAGUUUCAGAAAAUAAAAUCAAGAGAAUAGAAUUGCAUAUUACAAAAUAGUCCCAAUUAUUCGCAUCUUAAGAUUAGCUGAAAUGGCCGUCAGUUUUCACACCAAAAUAGCUAAAAUGGCCGUCAGUCUCAGAAAGGCAACGUACAAUUUUGGAACCGAUGAUAGUUAUUCGUACUCUUUAUUAUCUUUCUUGAAUUUGAAAUACCAAAAUGGUUAUCUGCAUUUUAUUAGUUUGAAAUGUAUAUUUUUCCCGAACGGUUCAACAUGGACACAAGAAAGACUUCAUUCGCAUCCUCAGAAAUGAGAUUUAUUUCCUGUUUCAAAAUUGCAUCACUCGGGCAUUUUCAAUUGGAAGCAUCGUAUCUUGGAGAUCCCAUCUCCUGCCAAAUGCAUCGCAUAGAGAUCCCAUUCAGGGGCGUCACUUCAUACUUUUGUUAAGGGAGGGGGGUGCUGGCUGCAUUUUUGCCCUGCUAUAAGAUAUAAGAAAUGUUGCCUUGCAUCGAUAUAAGAAAUGUUGCCUUGCCAAAAGUUGAAAAAGCCAUGAAGGAAAAUUAAAACUAUAUAGGGUUUGAAGCUAUUUUCUGGUUAAAGAAUGAGAAAUUACAUUGUUUUCUAUUCUAUAACGUCACAUUUUUGCUUUGACAGCUAUUUGAUAAUUUUCUUUGGCCCACUGUCAGGUUGUGGUUCUUCUAGGAAAAACUUAUAAUAGACCUAAAGUAGAGAAAUGUGCUUCAGAUAUAAAAGACACACCUCAUAUUUUGCAAAAAAAUUCGAUAUGCACACUGUGAUCCCACUGAACUCGCGGUUGGUAACUACACACAAACGUUUUUCAAGAUUAGGUUGGGAAGCUUAGCCACGAUGCCAUAAAAAUCAUAAUUGGAAAAUCACCCCACUGCAUAUUCCAAACUAUAAAUCUAACAAAUUCUGAUAUUUAUUCAAAUUAUGAGGAGAUUCCAGAUGAAUUUAAUAAUUCAGCAAUUCGAAAAAGUCACAGUCACAGCUUCUUAAACCGAACAAUACAGGAAAGAAUGGUCUUGCGACGUCCAUGGGCCACAUUUAAUCCUUAAAAAACCAUAAGGCAAUCGCACCAUCCAUUUAAAAACAUUCGGUAGAUUACAAAAAAAAUGGUCGCAAAUCCCAUUCUUGUCCUACAAAGGCACAAUGAUCUGGGAGAUUGGUUAAUCCACAACUAAUUUUGUGUCAUACACUUUAUUGCAACCCAAUUCACUGCCACAUUCCUGCAACACAUAUUACAAUAUAUCCAAGUGUUCCACACUAGACAAUGUGCAUAAAUGUAUUAUUUUUUAUGUGAAGAAUUGUAUUUACAUCUACAUCCACACUAUAUCAAUAAAAUCGUACAAACAUACAGUUGUUCAGUUGGAAUUCAUUUGCGUUUCAAACAACGCUUCAAUACAUUGAUACACCUUUGCUGCCAUUAUCCCUGGAUGCAGGGAUGGAGGGGAAUACAGUUGUAAAGGAGCAUACUGAUUAAAAGCUCAAAAUGCUCUACCUGGUGAGGACUCAAAUUUCAAAGCACAACAUGCAUAAUUAUGUGCAUAAUAUCUGGAGCAUGUCUGUUCUGACACAUACUCCAGAUAAUUGGACACACUACAUUAACAACAAACUGGAUGAUCUUUCCCGGCAGAAGGCAGUGUUGCAAUGUCCGAUUGAUAUUGCAUCAAUCUUUUCUUAAUUUUCUGACAAGCUGUGUUUUUAUAUUUUGCAUGGUUUUAGAGAAAGACACAUAUCGACUACACUUAAAUCUGCAGUGAAAGGAAAUCGGAAUCAAUUUAGAAAUCCAUUCCCUCCAGACCAAACUAUCAUUGGUAAUCCCUGGUGUAUCGUGUGACUUUCAGAACAGACAAUUUCCUACCAUAAACCAUCUUCUAGCUACAGUUAUAUAAGAAAAACAUUAAAGCAGAUCCAUUGGGAGAAAAUACUUGCCCUGCCAGAAUCAGUUUUGCCUGUGAGAAGGCUAUAUUUUCGUGGUUGAAGGGUGAACCACCUCAUUCCCUCCUCAAGUGACGCCCCUGGUCCCAUUCCACCCCUACUAGUCAAAACAAAGUUUGCUUCUCCAGCCAUUGUUACACAGAAGUGUUACUAGACAACUUAAAAACAUAAAGUUGAAAAAUUUAAGCAUUCGGCACACACAAUUAUCCGUAUUUGUCAGUAAUCUUGGCUUAUUAUUGCAGUCAGCUUGCUUCGAGUUUUUAUCAUUUUUCAGAUCAUCCAGGA